AUGAAGGAUAUGCACAACAUUUACCCAUCAUUGUUUGACUCUGAAAGCACCUGCUGCAUGGCUUCUGAUAAAAAUCUCUCAGCCAUGAUUCAAACAGGAUCUUCCCCCUCUGCAGCCCUUCAAGAAGAGAUAGGAUUAACGACUACCCAAUCCCACAGAGUAACCAAAGGAAACCGCCGCCAAGGCGUAAGUGAACCCGGGAAUCCAUGCCCUGACUGGGCCAUUCCGGCCCACCCCCUUUAACGCGCAAGAGCCUUUCCCAGAAUGAGGUCGAAGGUUCCGAGGGCAGGGCGACUACAACUCCCAGCCGGUCGUGCAGCCACGCCUCCGCCCCCCGCAGCUCCGCCCCCGCCGAUUCUCCAUUGGCCUUCCGGGGGUGGGGAUUAGAUGGGAGGUGGCCAUGGGGCUGCAGCCGGGGUUUGUCCCCUUCUCGGCUUCCGUAGAGGAAGUAGCGCGGACCUUCAUCUGGGGUUCUGGUGCCCCCCCUUCCCCUUCCCCGGGGUCUGGGGGUGACAUUGCACCGCGCCCCUUGUGGGGUCGCGUUGCCACUCCACGCGGACUCCCAGUUGGCGCGCUCCUCGCAUUCGCCUCUCUUGGCCAGAGCUCUACCCCGCCCCCGGCUGCCCAGCAAUGGGGGCUGCGGUGUUUUUCGGAUGCACUUUCGUCGCGUUCGGCCCGGCCUUCGCGCUUUUCUUAAUCACUGUGGCUGGGGACCCGCUUCGCGUUAUCAUCCUGGUUGCGGGGGCAUUUUUCUGGCUGGUCUCCCUGCUCCUGGCCUCUGUGGUCUGGUUCAUCUUGGUCCAUGUAACAGACCGGUCAGAUGCCCGGCUCCAGUAUGGCCUCCUGAUUUUUGGUGCUGCAGUCUCUGUCCUUCUACAGGAGGUGUUUCGCUUUGCCUACUAUAAGCUGCUUAAGAAGGCAGAUGAGGGGUUAGCAUCGCUGAGUGAGGACGGAAGAUCACCCAUCUCCAUCCGCCAGAUGGCCUAUGUUUCUGGUCUCUCCUUCGGUAUCAUCAGUGGUGUCUUCUCUGUUAUCAAUAUUUUGGCUGAUGCACUUGGGCCAGGUGUGGUUGGGAUCCAUGGAGACUCACCCUAUUACUUCCUAACUUCAGCCUUUCUGACAGCAGCCAUUAUCCUGCUCCAUACCUUUUGGGGAGUUGUGUUCUUUGAUGCCUGUGAGAGGAGACGGUACUGGGCUUUGGGCCUGGUGGUUGGGAGUCACCUACUGACAUCGGGACUGACAUUCCUGAACCCUUGGUAUGAGGCCAGCCUGCUGCCCAUCUAUGCAGUAACUGUUUCCAUGGGGCUCUGGGCCUUCAUCACAGCUGGAGGGUCCUUCAGAAGUAUCCAGCGCAGCCUCUCGUGCCGACGGCAGGAGGACAGUCGGGUGAUGGUGUAUUCUGCCCUGCGCAUCCCACCCGAGGACUGAGGGAACCUGGGGGGGACCCCUGGGCCUGGAGUGCCCUCCUGAUCUCCUCGCCCUGUAUUCUCCAUCUCCAGUUCUGGACAGUGCAGGUUACCAUGAAAAGGGACCUAGUUUAGCCAUUGCUGUGGAGAUGAAAUUAAUGGAGGCUCAAGGGUAGAUGAGCUCUGAGUUUCCCAGUACCCUCUCCCCAGACUGAACAUCUUGGUCUUUUUCUCAGGUCUGAGGGUGUGAUAAAGACCCCAAACUGCCUUUUUUCCUUUUUUGAGUAGGGGGAGGGAGGAAGUAUGUUGGAACUCUUCUAACCUCCUUGGGUUCUAUUUUCUCUCCUCAAAUUGCUCCUCAUGGCUGGGCUCAUUUCUGUCCAUUUCCCCUUGGUCCCAGGGCCAGGGGGGGAAGGGAGGAAGUGCAUGUUUGGGAACUGGCAUUACUGGAACUAAUGGUUUUAACCUCCUUGACCACCAGCAUCCCUCUUCUCCCCAAGGUGAAGUGGAGGGUGCUGUGGUGAGCUGGCCCACUCCAGAGCUAUAGUGCCACUGGAGGAGUCAGACUACCAUGACAUUGUAGAGAAGGGGGGCAGAUUUUUUCUAGUUUUUAAUUGGGGUGUGGGAGGGAUGGGGACAUUUUCUAUAAACUGUAACAUUUUCUGCUGAGGGUGGAGUGUCCCAUCCUUUUAAUCACGGUGAUUGUGAUUUUGACUAAUAAAAAGGACUUUGUAA